AGUCCUCGCAAUCAUAGAUCCAUCAUCAAGGGAAAAGCUCCCAUCAUGGCAACCCCCAGCCUCCAGUCUGCGCUCCUUGACCCCUCGUGUAGAGGGUGUAAUUGCUAAAGGAGGGGUGGUGAGACUUAGACAAGCUUGCCUUUGAAGACAAAAAUCACCCAAACCAUGUAGUGUAGCUUUCUCCAAGGAGGGGGGGAGGGUCUACAAUUGAGUCUGAUUUAUUUAUUUGAUUUAUUUUUCUGUUUAUCUCUGGAACAGAUUUGUUCUUGUUUAAAAAGUUUAUGUGGGUGAGGACGAAGUGUGUGAGGUGAGGAGAAAGUGACAGAGAGGAAGAAGAGAGAGAAAGAAGGAAAGAGAUGGUCCUCCACAUCACCCCUUACUCCAGUGCCUGUCUGCACUUCCUGGAUGGCUUAUCAUGGAGCUUGGUGUUUCCCUGCUACUGGCUCCUGGACCGGCUCCUGGCCUCAUGCGUGGCCACCUCGCUGGAGAAGCGCCAGCGCUCCCAGGACCCCUGCUCCUUCCUCACCCUGUGUGUCCUGAUCUCUGCACCCCUUUACCUGCUGCUCCUCCUUGCCUCCCUGCCUUUUGCCCUUUUGGGCUUCAUCAUCUGGGCUCCCCUGCAGGCUGUUCGCCAGCCCUACUUGUACACCUACCGCAGACCAGACAAACACCAGGCUGAGCAGGGCCAGGCAGGGCCAGGGGGCAUAGGUAUUGGGGAAUGGAGGCCACAGGGCAGAAGCUUCUGUUUCUGCAGUGCCAACAUAUGCCUGCUGCCUGACUCCCUGGCCAGGUUCAACAACCUGUCAGACACCCACAGGAGAGCCCGCGAGGUGGGGAAGAGGAUCCGCAAUGGCGCCAGUCGGCCUCAAAUAAAAAUCUACAUUGACUCACCAACCAACACUUCCAUCAGCGCUGCAUCCUUCAGCAGCCUCGCCACAGGUUUCCGUCGCACCUCCUCUCUGGACCAGCGUCCAGACCAAACACACACCACCAACGGCCCAGCAGACACUGAAACCGAACCCCUCACCGAGUGCCCAAUACACCCCUCAGGUGCUGCCGACUGCCCUGUUCAUCCUGCUGCAGGAGACCAGGGCUCCUCUGGGUGCCCCCUUCACCCAGAUGGAGCAGACACCACAGCAGACUGCAACCUCCACCACACAGGGACUAACAACAGCUCAGACUGUCCCAUUCACACCUCAGGGGAGGCUCCAGACUGCCCCAUGCAUUCCACAGGGCCUCAGAGUGCCCCUGGCCAUCAUGACUGUCCCAUGCAUGGUGAAGGGGCCCAGCCAAAAUCCUCCACAGACUGCCCACUUCAUACCUCAGGGGUUCAAAUCAGCAUCAGUGCCCCAGACCCAGACCCCCAGGAGGAGGAGGCCGAAACAGGGAACCAUCGGCCCGGGGACCAGGCAGGAGGAGACACAAGCAGCAUGACUGCCUCUAGGGAAUCCCUUGCUCGUUACCACGGAGGUGACAGCGUUGUAGGGAUAUCCUCCAACAAUACUCUCUCUCACGUUCCUCGCACAUCAAUCUUUAAGCGCCCAGGACGAAAACGCCGCCAUGGAGAUGAGACGUUUGACCAUGAAAUCUCCGCCUUUUUCCCUGCCAACUUGGAUUUCCUGGCCCUACAGGAAGUGUUUGACCAUGGAUCGACGACUAGACUGCGCCGGCAGUUGCAUCGCUACUUUCCCUACGUGCUAAGUGAUGUCGGGAGGUACGGCUGGAAAGGCUGCUGCUCCAGGUUCAAAUUCCUGAACAGUGGGCUGAUGCUGGCUAGCCGCUACCCAAUUCUGGAUGCGCGGUAUGAGUGCUACCCCAAUGGGAGAGGGGAGGAUGCACUGGCAGCCAAGGGGGCGCUGUUUGCCAAGGUUCACGUGGGCACCUCCCAUCAGGAGCAAAGGGUUGUGGGAUAUCUCACGUGUACGCACCUCCACGCCAUAGAAGGUGAUGCGUCUGUGCGAUGCGAACAGCUGGACCUGUUGCUGCGGUGGGGGGCGGAGUUUCGUCACUCCUCAUCCCAACCACCUGAAGGAGAGAAGGUGCUGGAAGACCUGGUGGCUUUUGAUGUCAUCCUGGGAGACCUCAACUUUGACAACUGCUCUUCAGAGGACAAGCUGGAGCAGCAGCAUGCACUUUUUACUCAAUACAAGGACCCAUGUCGCCUGGGGCCAGGGGAGGACAAACCGUGGGCUCUGGGUACUCUGCUGGAUCCCAGUGGCCUUUAUGACGAUGAGGUCAGCUCACCUGAAAGUUUACAAAAGUAA